CAGCUGUCGAGAAAACUGGGGUGUUGCUGGAAUGAGGAGUCACCUCACUGAAGCGUUGGCAGCAAUGGAAGCGCCAUUUGAGCCCGACGAGGUCGAACCCCCGUCGUCGCCGCACAAGCCAACUAAGGAGUAUGUUCUGGACAUGGUGAAGCGCCGUCUGUGCUUGGACUCCCCUGGGUGGACCGUACCGAUGAUCCAUUUCCUAAACGAAGACGAGCAUUGCGCCGCAUUUCUGAGCUUCAUCACGUUGCUGGAACCGUCACUGGACGACGACAUCGAGUCGUUUCUCCUGGACGGUCCGUCGCAUUCGCACAUGAAAGGCCCAAGGGUGCCUCGGGACGACACGGACGUGACCGACGCGUUGAAGCGCAGCUACCGCGCCACCAUGCUCAUGGCCGGCGAAGACACGUCAGACGCGGUUCUGCUUCUCCUCCAGUCCAAGGCACGUCUCAUGACCAAGUGUCUGUUUCCGAUCUUCCAAGCCAACUCAUCCGGGAACCUCCGCCACGGGUGCAAGAUCCUGGACAAGCUGACCCGAUCCCACCUGAACGACGUGCAGCAAGUCGUGGGCGCGAACGGGCGAACGUGCGGUCGAUAUAUGCAGAGCCUGCUCGAGCACAUCGAGCACCCGCACGUGUCGGAGCUGUUUCUGACCAUGAUCUGCAAACCGCACAACGCGGCGCUUCUCCGCGUGUACUUGUCGCCCCCCGCGACCAAAGUCAUGUUUUACAAAGCUUUGGCCGACAUCAAGAUCAUCCUGCUCAUCGCACAUCACAUUUGCGACACCCAGUACGACGAAGUGCACGCGAUCGCCGCCGCGGACGUCCUCCUGGAACUGCUGGAUCGAUUGGCGGCCGACGACUUUGGCGCGAUCGUGCUGGAGCCACUGUCCCAUUCAACCCAGCUGCUCGAGAGCCUCGUCACGACGGCGCUAACCCCCGAGGGGGGCAAGUCGCCUGCGUCGUACCUGGCGCCCCCGUGCGGCCGCCGCACCGCUGCGAUACGAUGCCUCUUGGGGUUGCUGGAAAAGGCCGCGCAGGAUCAAGUCGUGGGUCCCCCCACGUCCCCGUACCAGUCAUUCGGGUCCACCGUCGUCAACCUCGUUCCCAACCAGCUGCACGUGGCCAAAUCGUUUGUGUUUGGCCGUGUACAAGCGCACUUGCCCGAGAUUUUAACGUACCUCCAAAAGCAAUUUACCUCGCAGCAACAACAGCAACAUGUAGCUGGUUGCGACCACGGCGUCCGGCACACGGCGUACACAGUGUCACAUCCGUUCACCGAGUUUCGCCUGCUCCUAGUGCAAAUGCUUGUGGCAUUGGUGGAGCACGACGCCGCCCACUUGGCCAUGUUCUUUUCCGUCGAUGUGUGGCGCAUCCUGGUCGCGUGGUUUGUCCAGUACCCCCACACUAACCUGUACCAUCAUGCGUUCUACCGCCUUGUGUUUCUUGCGCUGCGUACGAAUGACUCGGUUGUGCUCAAGCCGCUUCUCCAACACGCCAAGCUCGUCACGACCUUGAUCGACGUGUACCGCAAAGACCCGACUGCGUCCUCCCGAGGCUACAUCCUCCAAGCAUGCAACGCGAUUCGGUUGCAAGCCGCGACGUUGCCGCCCGACGCGUUCUUGCGGUCGUUCCUGCAGUCGCAUGCCACGUGGCGGUCGUUCGAAAGCCAAUUGUGCGCGACGACCCAGGCGUCGGUGGUCAAAGGGCUCGGAAUCCCCGUGCCCACCAACAUGAUGCGCAUGAUGUCGCCCCCCCCAAUCGAUUCGACUAGUCAUACUAGUACUACUACUACCCCGACCUCGGGCGACGACAACGACGACGACGACGGUCGCCACAGCAUCGAACUUGGGUCUGAAUUUGCGUGGAAGCUUGGGUUUGUCGACGACGAAGAGUACGAAGUGCCCGAGACGUCGUCGGGGGAGAAAAAAAAGAAGAAAAAAAAAUCGGCCAAAAAAAAAGCCACGUCGUCGCAUCCGCCCAGUAAUGCAUCGGUGAUCGUCCGUGAUAUCAGUGCCGACGAAGACGAGGACGUCGACCAGCCCCCGCACUCGCCUGACCAAAGCAACAACGGCAACGCGGACAGUUUGUCGCCCGAGGGCAAAAAAAAGAAGCGAAAAAAACACAAAAAAUAAAAAAUCAACACGACUGUCGUCUGUUAUUACA